AUGAAGAAGAACAGCAGGAAGCCUACCGCGAGGGCCCGUGAGCAAGAAGCCUUCCGCGUCCCCCCCUUGCGUGGUCCAGGAGGUUUCCGGAACAAGCUGGACAAAGGGGAGUACGCCCCUUUUGUGACUCCGCCCAUGCUAGAGGGCAACUUUAUCCAGGUCAACAGGAGAGGUGAGUCCAUCUACCUGCAUAACCGAGCCAACUGGGUGACGGUAGGCAUCUGCUCUUCCAGACACAGCCCCAAGACCCCCAACAUGAUGCUGCUCGCACAUCUGACCCCCACCGCCCGGAAAGAUACAGAACCCCUGUUUAAAAGUCUCCUGACAUCUCAUGUUCCUGAGAAACUGGUGCUCACCAGGUUCCUCCCCCUGCAGUUCGUGACUCUGUCCGUGCAUGACGCAAAGACGAUGCGCCUCAAAGUAAAGCUGGUGAGUGGCCGAGCCUACUACCUGCAGCUCUGCGCCCCUGCAUACAAGCAGGACGCCUUGUUUUCUCAGUGGGAGCAGCUCAUCUCCCUCCUGAACCAGGAGAGAGCCAGAGCUUCCAGAGUGUCAGAAGUCUCAAGCCUCUCGGAAAUCACAAACAGCACAGACAUCACGGGCUCAGUGGACAUCAUGGACAUCGCAGCGUUCACGGCUCUACAGGCCCCACACAUGCACGCAGGCCCAGACCCAGCACACGCCGUAGACAGCGCCGAGUUCUCAGAAUUAACAGUCGUCACUGACAUCACCGACGUCACAGAUGUUCCAGAAAAUGAGGUCGCCGAGGCCCCAGACAUCAAAAUUUUCACAGAAGUCACAGAAGUCACAGAUCUCCAUGACGUCACAAAUAGUUCGGAGGUCAAAGUGGUGUUUGAAAAUGACGACAUACUAAGGGCCAAGGAAAAGGAAAAAAUAGAAAACAUCCUGAAGCCUGACUGUCUAGGAGAUACAGAAAGUAAGAAUGCGUCCACAGCAUGCUCAGAGCACAUCAGCAUCCCAAACGUAACACUGACUUUUGAAGGCGAAAGAGAUUUUCAUACUACCUUGACCCCAGGAGAAAGUGAGACAAGUACAUUCAAAGAGAUGGGUGAUAAAACCUCAGAAAUAACGUCAACUGGUUUUAAAAGCACAGCUCUCAAGGCUGAAGAAUCCAGGAACACGAGAACUGAUGUAAACACUUCAGGAUUGUAUAGUUUUGCAAUUUUCACUCUGAUUUGCAUUUCCUUCCCCUUUUUCACACUCUGA